AAAAAUUAGGAAUUGUCUUUUUCGAAGAAAAAAAUCGGAAACCUGUGUAUGUGACCUUUGUGGUUGUGGGCAUCGACGAUCGUCAUCUUCCUUCUGGUUCUUUCUGUUCUCUCAAAACCAUUUGGUCAAACCAUUAUCUCGAAGUCGUCUCUGUAGAACUAAUGGAGCCGCCUGAAGAUGGGAAGGUUAAUUUCGCCAAAGAGCUUUAUGGAGAAAGUUUGCAGAUUUCGAAACUUAGUAAUAAAGAUCAUGGUCUUGAGAAUUUAGAUGAUCCCUUUUACGGAAGUUCAGAUGAAGAUUAUAGUGAAGCUCGCGUGUUGGACAAUGAGAAUGAGCAGAGACGUGUGAAAUUCCACUCGGCUGGAUAUCGUGAUGGGAUUGUUGUCGGGAAAGAAGCUAUUGCGCAGGAAGGUUAUAACUUUGGCUAUAAGGAAUCAGUUCUUGCUGGUUACAAGUUUGGUAUUGUUAGAGGUGUUUCUAGUGCGCUGGCUUUCCUCCCGGUUGAGUUUAGAGAAAAGCUUAUCGAUGAACAAGAAACUAGAGAGAAGUUUCAGAAAUUACACAGUUCUGUGCAUGCUCUUUCGACGGAAGUCGCAAUGAAGCAGUUCUAUGAAACUUUGACUACGAAACAAGGGGAAGAGAAGAGUGGAGAAGAAGGGCCCGACUCUUGUUCUGUUUCAGGUUCUUGUUCAGGUGUUAAUGUCACAGCCGACUUAGGAAGCUAUGUUACUGAGCUAAGUUCUCUUCUUGACAAAUCUCCAACGAUUGAAGUGAAAUUUGAUACAUAGACGAGGCUUGUUCAGUAGACGUUAUUCACAAGCAAAAGCAAGAUUAGCGUCCAGUUUCCAAAAACUGUUUGUAAGCUCGGUUCUGCCUCAGCGAGUAGCGACGGCUAAAUCAUGCUUUCUGCCUCGGCAAUUUCAUUCAACCUUCUCUACCAAUUGUAGCCGCACUCGCCGAGCUAAGAAAUUACUCUGUUAAUUUGGGUUGACAAACCAACAAAGUACUUUGUCAGCAAGAUUAUGGCUAGUUAUUUGUUAAUGUUAUAAAAUGGACUAAUCAAUAAAGAUUUUGAAUUAAAAUAAAUUGUAACAAAGGCAUUCCAUAUAUGCAAGCUUUAUCUCGAUGCAAUGCAAAUCAUUGGAAUAACUUACCAAG